AUGAGCAAGCAACAUAUCCUAGCUUUUCCAUAUCCCGCACAAGGCCAUGUAUUGCCCUUGAUGGAGCUCUCACAAUCUUUGACGAAACAUGACUUCAGAGUCACAUUUGUUCACACAGAAUGUUAUCACAAUCAAGUCAUUAAAUCCUUGGCUCAUGAAAAUCCCACAGGGUACGAUCAGAUUCAUCUGGUUUCAAUUCCAGAUGGGCUAGAACCAGGGGAGGACAUGAAUUCGGUACGUUUGUUAACUGAAGAAAUACAUGAAUUCAUGUCCCAAAAGUUGGAGGAGCUCAUAGAGAAUAUCAACCAAGGGGAAGGAGGAAGAAUCAGUUGCCUCAUUGCUGAUGAGAGUUGUGGAUGGGCUCUGGAAGUGGCACGAAAAAUGAAGAUUGCAAAGGUGGUAGCCUUUUGGCCUGCAGCUGCUGCAAGUUUGGUGUUGAAAUUUUGCAUCCCAAAGCUAAUUCCUGUAGAAAUCAUUGACAAUGAUGGAACUGUACUGCAAAACCAGAUGGUUCAGUUGGCACAAAAAAUGCCCAUCAUCAAAUCUACAAACUUUAUGUGGAAUUGUAUGGGCGAUACAGCUGCUCAGAAAAUAAUAUUCAAAUUUAUGAGUAGAAGCAACAAGAAUCUGAAAGUAGUAGACAGGCUAAUUUGCAACUCAACAUACGAACUGGAGCCAGCAGCUGUAAUAACCCUCCCUCGAAUAGUACCAAUAGGACCAGUUUUAGCUAGUAGCCAUCUCGGCAACUCAGCAGGCAGCUUGUGGCCACAAGACUCAACUUGCUUACAGUGGUUGGAUGGACAACCACCCUGCUCAGUCAUCUAUGUUGCAUUUGGAAGCCUCACACUUUUUGAUCAAACCCAAUUCCAAGAACUGGCUUUGGCCCUUGAACUGUCCAAUAGGCCAUUCCUGUGGGUUGUGAGGCCGGACAUAUAUGAAAGUACUCACUUCCCAGAAGGAUAUGAAGAAAGGGUAGGCCCUAAAGGUUUGAUGGUGAAAUGGGCACCACAACAGAAGGUUCUUUCUCAUCCUUCUGUUGCUUGCUUCCUAAGUCACUGUGGGUGGAACUCUACAAUGGAAGGCGUAAGCAACGGGGUUCCCUUCUUGUGCUGGCUAUAUUUUGCAGACCAGUUCCUCAAUGAGAGCUACAUAUGUGAUAUUUGGAAGGUGGGGUUGAGGGUUGAUAAGAACAAGAGUGGAAUUAUCAUGAGAGGUGAAAUUCAGAACAAGGUAGAGCAACUUCUUGGAGAUGAAAAUUAUAAAGCAACGGCUUCCAAACUCAAGAGAAUGGCCAUGACUAAUGUCAAAGAAGGUGGUCAAUCUGACAAGAACUUCAAGAAUUUUAUUAAAUGGGUACAGUCCUAG